UACAACAACAACGACAUCAUGUCGGACAAUGAAAUGGAGGAAAUGUUUGGCAGCGAUGCCGGGUCGGAAAAUGGCAGUGCAAAAAGUGGCGGGAGCAGCCCAGCUGGCAGUGGGUCACCGGGUGGUAGUUCUAGAAGCGGGUCCCCAGUGGGCAGUGCAAGAAGUGGGUCUCCAGAUGGAAGCUCUAGAAGCGGGUCCCCAGGAGGCAGUGCAAGAAGUGGCUCCCCAGCUGGUAGUGCCAGAAGUGGGUCUCCAGCUGGUAGCGCCAGAAGUGGAUCCCCAGCUGGUAGUGCAAGAAGUGGGUCCCCAGCAGGUAGUGCAAGAAGUGGGUCCCCAGCUGGUAGUGCAAGAAGUGGGUCCUCAGCAGGCAGUGCAAGAAGUGGUUCCCCAGCUGGUAGUGCCAGAAGUGGCUCCCCAGCAGGAAGUGCAAGAAGUGGCUCCCCAGCUGGUAGUGCCAGAAGUGGCUCCCCAGCAGGCAGUGCAAGAAGUGGCUCCCCAGCUGGUAGUGCCAGAAGUGGCUCCCCAGCUGGUAGUGCCAGAAGUGGCUCCCCAGCUGGUAGUGCCCGUAGUAGAAGUGGCUCCCCAGCUGGUAGUGUUAGAAGUGGUUCUCCAGCUGGUAGUGCCCGUAGCAGAAGUGGGUCUCCAGCUGGUAGUGCCCGUAGCAGGAGUGAGUCCCCGGUUGGUAGUGCCCGUAGUAGAAGCGGGUCCCCAGCUGGUAGUGCCCGUAGUAGAAGCGGAUCCCCGGCUGGUAGUGCCCAUAGCAGAAGUAGGUCUCCGGCUGGUAGUGCCCGUAGCAGAAGUAGGUCCCCAGCUGGUAGUGCCCGUAGCAAGAGUAGGUCCCCAGCUGGUAGUGCCCGCAGCAGAAGUGGAUCUCCGGCAGGUAGUGCGCGUAGCAGAAGUGGUUCCCCAGCAGGUAGUGCCCAUAGCAGAAGUGGGUCCCCAGCUGGAAGUGCCCGUAGCAGGAGUGGAUCCCCUGCUGGAAGUGCUCGUAGUAGGAGUGGAUCUCCAGCCGGUAGUGCCAAAAGUGGGUCCCCGACUGAAAAGGAAAGGAAACUAUCGACAGAAGGUGGCUCUCCUCGCAGUGGUCACGGUAAAGAUGGGAGGGACUCUGAGGAGGAGAUCAAGAAAUCAAAGCCCAGGAAAAUAGUGAGCGACGAUGAAAGUGGGGAUGAAAAGAUGGAUGUGGGAUCGGACGACGAAACCAAAGUUGAGGCCACCGUGGACAAUCUGUUUGGUGAUGCCGAUGAUAUCAGUUCCGCAUCAGAGGCGGAAGGAGAAGGGGGAGAUAACUCUCAAAGGCAGACGGAUGAGCAGAUGGAGCCAGCUGAGGAGCCAGAGGAAGAACCGCCGGAGACAAGGAUAGAGGUGGAGAUUCCCCGCAUCAACACCAAGCUCAACCGUGCCGUGCACUUUGUCAAGUUACCCAACUUCCUCAGUGUGGAAACAAGGCCAUUUGACCCGCAGACGUAUGAGGAUGAGAUUGAUGAGGAUGAAGUCCUGGAUGAGGAAGGAAGGGCAAGGUUAAAGCUCAAGGUGGAGAACACAAUACGCUGGAGAACGAAGAAAGACGAGGAAGGAAAUGAAAUCCGAGAUGAAAACGGCAAUGUGGAAAAGGAGAGCAAUGGGAGGAUUGUCCGCUGGUCGGAUGGGAGCAUGUCCCUGCAUCUCGGCGAAGAGGUCUUUGAUAUUCACACAAUGCCCCUGCAGGGAGACUACAAUCAUUUGUUUGUGAGGCAGGGAACAGGGUUACAGGGGCAGGCUGUCUUCAAAACAAAGCUGACCUUCAGACCUCACUCAAUCGAGUCGAUGACUCACCGGAAGAUGACGAUGUCACUGGCAGACAGGUCAUCUAAAACACAGAAGGUCAAGGUCCUUCCUAUGGCAGGAUCUGAUCCAGACGCUCAUCGUGAAGAGAUGAUCAAGAAAGAAGAGGAGCGCCUGCGCGCAUCUGUGCGGCGUGAGUCACAGCAGAGGAGGAUGCGUGACAGAGCGAACGCCCGGGGUCUGUCAUCGUCGUACCUGGAAAGUCGCUAUGACGAUGAAGAUGAUGAUGAUGAGGGUGGAAUCUCACUGUCAGCCAUCAAGAAACAUUACAAACAGAAAGGAGACAGGCCCAAUAUAUACUCGUCCAGCAGUGGGGGCGAUUCUGAAUCUGAAACUGAAACCAAGCAGUCCAAGAGAGGUCCCAAGAAACUGGAGAGUGAUGAGGAUGACUCUGGGUCAGAGGGUAGCCCUGUGAAGAAAAAAGCCAGGUUGGUGGAGAGUGAUGCUGAGGAAGAGGAAGAAGAAACAUGAACAACCACAUCCUGGAGAAUUUUUUCAGAAUGGUGGCUUAUUUGUGAGAGUCGUCUCCAUUGCAAAACUUGCAGCUGUCUGGACGGUGUUUGCUAGAGAAACAUCAGAGGAAUUGGUUGCGAGAGAACAUCCGUGCUGACUGUUAAAGUGCAAGAGGCCUGGUGUAUACACAUUGCUACAUGUGAAGGUUUCCCCAGUGUACAGUAGAAACCAGUGUACAGUAGAAACCAGUGUACAGUAGUACAGUGGCAGUGUGAACAUUUAUCUCUCGUGAGACAAAACACUUGACUUUUCAUUGGACAGCAGUUGUCAUGGGGGAUGUGUUAUUCCUGUACCCCACAGCCGACCUCAUACGUGUAUGUGUCUGCUGACUAGGUUAUCUCCCUUUGUGUGCUUGUGACAUCAAUGGUCACGUCAGUGAAGCGAUUCGUCUAUACAUGGGUCUUCAGAGCUGAAUUGCUUACAUUUGAUAAAUGCGUUAGUCAGCGAUAGGAUACGGAAGUAUAUGGUGCCAGUAACCUUCAGACGUCUCUCCCAAUAUGAGGGUUAGUGAUAUUCUUUAUUUCUGUGCCUUUAUCACUGAGUAACCAUGUAACUAAUAGUACACCAACAAACAACAGUGAGUGUUCUUGAGUACGGUAAUCAAAUAAAUAAAUAGAUAAAUCCAGAAAUUGUGGCACCAGAAAUGAUGCAGGGAAUGGUAUCACUGUGAGGUACAUAAGACAGUACUGUAAAGAUUCUCCUGCGUUGUUCUCCCGUUUGUGAAGAGACAAGAAACAGACGUGCAAUGAGUGGAUGAUUUGCGUUGCUCUUGGUUCAAGGUUUUGCAGUCCUAUGUCCAGUGAGGUUCUCCAUCCGUCAUGACAUUUGAACAGUAUUGUAUCAUGAGAUGGUGAUACACAUAUGAACGUGAAAUACACAUACGAAUGUGAAAUACACAUACGAAUGUGAAAUACACAUAUGAACGUGAUGUGUGGCCCUUAACUGUGUGCAUUGGUACUGAGUAUAAACAACAGCUCUGAAUAUGUCAGACGCACAGUGUACAAUUGGUGAGUUGUACUGUCAGCCCUAUUAUGAUGUUUUUCUUGUUUUGUGAAGAAAGGGCUAUAAGAGUCCAAAUGGACUUAAUUUUUCGUCUCAGUAUUCCAUGUAUCUGGAUUAUACCACACCAAAAUAUGUUUUCUGGUUUAAAAUUUUGCUUAAGUGUGAUAAAAUGUUUAUAAGUGAAAGAAAAUAUGGACAAUGUGCUUUGAGUAAUUCUAAUUGAACUGCUUUUAUCAGAGCAGUUUGCUUUAUUAGUAUUUACAGUGUAUGUGUCAGUAUAUUGAAUAUCAGGUGACUCAGCUGUUCAGCGUGCGGCGUGAGUGCGUUGUGAAUCUGUUUAUAUAAGUGUGUAUGAGCAUGCACGAUUGUGCAUAAUGCGUUGCGAGUGCAUCGUGCGCUGUGAGUGAAUGCGUUUAUAUAUGUGUG